AUGGGAUCCCCCACUACUCCCUGGUCCCUGACCUCCCACCUCCUCGCCAGCCAAGAAGAUCUCUACAAGUCCGCCACGCAACACCCCUUCCUACUCGCAGGCGCCGAGGGCCGACUGCCCAAGGACAUCCUCAGCCGCUGGCUGGCCAACGACCGGCUGUACAUCCACUCGUACAUCCGCGCAGCCGGCCAGCUGCUCGCGUCCAUCGACCUGCCCAAGGCAGUGGCCGGCUCGCAGGACGCGUUUGAGACGCAGCUCGUGGACUGGAUCGCUGAGGCGCUGGUGGCUAUCCGCAGGGAGGAGCGGUUCUUUAUUGAUGUGGCGGAACGGUACGAGUUGGGGAUUGAGUUUGGACUGCCGUAUUUGCCUUCUGAGGGCGCUGCUGCUGCGACUGCCACGCAGGACACUACGCCUUCUUCUUCAUCUUCGCCGGCGCAAAAGCAGGAGAAACUACCCGGCCUAGUCCAGCUAGAAUUGAUCUUCUCCGCAGUCGGUACCGCACCACCACCGCCAGCCUCAUCCCCCUCCUCCUCCAGCCAUAUCCCCGGCGUAGCCGCCGUGCAAGCCCUCUUCAGCAGCACCGCAGCACCCACCACAACCCCUCCUCCCCCCCUCCCCUGGCUCGAAGGCGCCCUCACCUUCUGGGGAACAGAACGAUGUUACCUAGACGCAUGGUCCUGGGCGCGCCAGCAGGCCGCGGAAAAAGGCCAGGAUCGGAGGAGUCACACGGAGGAUGCGGACGGCGGGGCGCUGCGGAAGGAGUUUAUCCCGAACUGGAGCAGUCCUGAGUUUGAGGGGUUUGUGGAUAAGUUGGGAAGGUUGAUUGAUCGGGCCGUGGCGGGGGUGUUGGAGGGGAAGGCGGAAGGGGAGGAGAGGGAGAAGGUGAAGGCGGGGAUUUUGGGGAGGGUGGAGGGGAAGUGGAGGACUUUGUUGGAGGCUGAGAGGGUGUUUUGGCCGGAUGUGUAG